GGAGCAGGUGAAAUGUGGCCCGACAGGUCCAAUGGGAGUCACACACACACGCAGACCGAAGUGGAUCCACAGGAGUCACACAAUGACAUAGAGACUGCAGUGUUGAACCUGGUCAUCCACUCAAACAGACAGGACCUCAGCCACUGUGGACACCCCACUCCCACUCCCACGACUCCAUUGCUGUGUGACAGAGUGGAAUCCCCCUCCUCUUGUUGUUGUUCCCAGGCCGGGGCCGAGGGCAGAUGGUCUCUGAGAGUCUGAGCAGAACUCAGGAAGGAGAGUGAGAGGAGAGGAAGGGUGGGAGGGUCGGACAGGGAGAGGAAGAGAACCGUGGAGUGGACACAAGAGGAGACAUGCUUCGCUACGGAUCAGGACGAACAGUUUCCACCACCACCACCACCACAGAGGACUCUCCAGAGUCUCUAAGUGAGAGGAGAAUCAGACGCCUCCGGUUAACUCUACAUGCAGGAGAUAAAGGAAAAAAUGAGGUGCAAAAUGCAAACCCAGACAAAAGCGAGAAAGAAAAAGAUGUCAAUGAGACAUGGAAGAAGAAGAAUGGGCUGAUCCAAAGAGAGAGGCCAGCUGGCAGAGAGUCACCUCAGCAGCACCUCGGAGACAGGGCCAAUGGGGUGCCAGAGACCUCACUGCAGCAUCAUGGGCCUAAAGUGUACGGCGUAGUGCAGAGGACGGGCUCGGACAGACAGCAGGAAGUGAUGGCGAGGGAGUGGACAGUCAGUCACCUUCAGGAUGAGAUGAGAUACAUCAGAGAGGUGAGAGAUUCUUUGGAGAAGGUGAGGGAGCGGAUGUACGGCCAGUUUGGAGGAAUGCAGCAGUCAAUGCAGAAGCUCACACAAGAAAUCAGGACUGCCAACUCACAUCGCAGGAGUCUGGAGUCAGAGGUGAGGAUCCGGACGACAGCAAUGGAGAGCUUUGAUCAGAUGAACAGCUCGCUUAUAUCUGCAAACCUCAGCCUGCAGAAAUCACUGCUAGAGAACUGUCAGAACAGAGUGGACAUGAGAGAUGAGGUGAAGAGUCUGCGGAGCACCUGUGAAAAAACACAAGAGAAGCUUAAGGAGACAGAGAAGGAGCUUGCAGCAGCACAGGCCGAAAACCAAACUCUGAGGCUUCAGGUGGAGUCUUCACGGGAAGCCAACAGUCAGGCGCUGCAGGAGAUCUCAGCAAAACUACAGAGAGAGUAUGAGGAAAAGCUGCAGGAGGAACAACAGAGGCACAGGGAGGAGAUUGAAAACCUACAGGCUCAGAUUGACGAGUACAUCAGACGACUUGAGGAAGCAGAGAGAAACAUCAGGACAGCAGAGGCCAAGAUUGCUGAGAGGGACCAGAGGAUCAGCGAGGUGGAGCGACUCCUGGACUGUAUGGGCAAGGAGAAGAGUCACCUGCAAAAGAAACUCCACGAAUGUGAGCAGCGCCUCCGGCUGACGGAGCUGACAGACACGACUGAUGCAACCGUCACUAAAAGGUCCAAACAGCUGGAAGGUGAAGCCGUGGAUCUCAGAGAAAGAAUCAAACACCUCAACGACAUGGUGUUCUGUCAGCAAAGGAAAGUAAAAGGAAUGAUCGAAGAGGUUGAAUCACUUCGAGCUCAGGUUGCUCAGAAGGAUAUGUUCAUCUCGGAGCUUCUGGACAGAAUAGCGAUCGUGGAGUGCGAGAAUAAUGAGUUAGAAGACAAGCUCAAGUAUUUUAUGUCCACACAGAAUAGGCCACGGGAGGUUUUGGAAACCAGGGAGAUUGGAGUAGGCUGUGAUCUGCUCCCCAGAGGUGACGUUAAAGGGCAUGAUGUUGAACCCUCUGUUCAGUCUGAACUACAUCCUCUUCAUCUCAAACAACCCCCACCUCCUGCACAACCUCCAUCUCCCACUAAACCCUCAUCACCCACCCAGCCUUCCUCCCCCAUCCAGCCUUCUUCAUCCUCCACACAGCCUCCAUCACCCACACCCCCCCUCCAGCACCCAUCCCUCUACCUGACAUCACCAGCCAAACCACGGACGUUCAGCUCUAACAACCCUCCACCCAGCAGGUUGGAGACCAGUUUACUAAGAUACACUCCUGUUCAGUACAGCCGCAUCCUGCAGUCCAGCUUCCCGGGUGAGAUGCUGUCACGAACACGUCCGACUGAGUCUGAACCCCCGCUGAGUCCGCCGCGGUCCGGCAGAGACGAGGUCGAUGCACAAACAAACAAGAGUCGAGACGCGGCGACCUCACCUUCAUCAUCCUCACCGACAAGAUCACCUCGAGUUUAUACUCCGUUUAUGAAGCUGAUGGAGAUGACAGCGAAGAUGAACAUAGAGUGAUGUGUUCUUAAAACGUCUUCUGCAGGUUCUCAGUGUAUGUCUGCACAUGGCACUAUUAAUGAUAACACAGUGUUGCAAACUGUAGGAUGUAAAUAAUCCAAUAAUCUUGUAAAUAAUGUCAGAAGGAUUUGUUUUGUUUACAGUGUAUGUGAGCACUAAAUGAAGGUUUAUAAGGUUUAAGUGUGUAUUUUUCCUAUAGUUUUAUAUCGCCUCUGUACAAAUUAAAUGAAUAUUAUUUUGUUAUUGUCAUAUUAUUUGUAAAAUAUUUAUUAACAUGCUUUGUGCCUUUGUGAACAGCUAUCAACUCUGGUGCUGGUGGUGGGGAUAAAUGUCUUAAAUUGGCAACAGGGUAAGCUAUGAAGUAAAUUUCUAUGUUAAUGAUGAAACUUCUGAAUUACUGAGGUGACUGCCAUUCCUGAGCCACAGGCGCGAGUAUUAUUAUCCAUUUUGAGCCUGCACUGCCAGAACUGUGUUUGUAACAGAAACAGCCUGAUGAUGUGCCUUCUCCUACACCUUACAUAUCACACUGUAACUAAUGACAUAAGGCCAGUCUGUUUUUGCAAAAUAAAGAAUAUACUGUGCAAAAAAAAAAAAAAAAAAAAAGAAAACAAAACUACAUCGACUGGGUCAAUUGACACCAGCGCUCCCGUACAACCAGGAAUUUACCAAAGCCUGAAGCCUAUGCAUGAGUGCGUCAUUGUUCAUUUAUGAAACAGUGGAUUACUGUGUUUGAGCUUCUAGUAGCCGAUAAGAAACAAUCACUGGUUUGUAUUCCUUCUGUUUCAUAUCAAUUUCAUAGUUUUGCUUAAACCCCAGAUAACUCUAAAUACAUAUGCAAAAGGUCAUGCCAGUGAGUAUAUUCUGGGGAGCUGUUUUCUGGAUCCUGUGCAGAUAUUUUUAGAACCGUAGUUUUUUUUUUUUGUUAAAAUUCAUGAAGAAGAUCCUUCAGAUGGUUGUACUUUGAAGUGCACAAUGGAAAACAGAUGUUAUAUCACAGAAAGAUACGAGUUUCAGACUAGUUUAUUGUGAUUUGAUAAGAGGAAGUGACGAAAGAACAAGUGGAGAAAAGAGCUAAAUAAAGGAAAGCCAUGAA